CGGCCGCCCUUUUCCAUUAUAAAGCCCAUCUCUAACCCCUCCACUUUCUCAGGCACACAUACUCGGAAUCCAUUGAGUAUCCACACGAGAAGGAAAAGGUCAUGGCUUUCUGUAGACCAUCUUCAACCAUGGUGAUCGUCCUGUUCGUGACGAUAUUCACGCUGUCUUCGGCGUUGGAUAUGUCGAUCAUCGGUUACGACGAGAAUCACGGUGACCGAUCGAGUUGGAGGACCAACGACGAAGUGAUGGCGAUUUACGAGGGGUGGCUCGCGAAGCACGGAAGGGCCUACAACGCCAUCGGGGAGAAGGAGAAGAGGUUCUAUAUCUUCAAGGACAAUCUCCGGUUCAUCGAUGAGCACAACGCCGAGAAGAACCGGACCUACAAGCUCGGGUUGAACCGGUUUGCAGAUCUGACCAACGAGGAGUACCGGACCACGUACCUAGGUGCCAGGUUCAGCUCCAAGAGGAGACUCACGAGGCCAAGCAGCAACCGGUACGAGCCACUUGUCGGCGAUAAGGUACCAGAUUCCGUUGACUGGAGGAAGGAAGGUGCCGUCGUUGAUGUCAAAGAUCAAGGGAGCUGCGGGAGCUGCUGGGCGUUCUCCACGAUUGCUGCUGUGGAAGGGAUAAACAAGAUAGUGACAGGCGAUCUGAUCUCUCUAUCAGAGCAGGAGCUGGUUGACUGUGAUACAUCUUAUAAUGAAGGUUGCAAUGGUGGUCUUAUGGAUUAUGCCUUCGAGUUUAUCAUCAACAAUGGUGGCAUUGACACUGAAGAAGAUUAUCCUUACUACGCUUCUGAUGGCACUUGCGACACAUACCGGAAAAAUGCCCGGGUGGUUACGAUUGAUGACUACGAAGAUGUUCCCGCAAACAAUGAGAAAGCAUUGCAAAAGGCAGUUGCUAGUCAGCCUGUAAGCAUUGCCAUCGAAGGAGGGGGCAGGGAAUUCCAGCUUUAUGAUUCAGGUGUCUUCUCUGGCAAAUGUGGAACAUCACUGGACCAUGGAGUUACUGCUGUUGGGUAUGGCACUGACAAUGGUGUUGAUUACUGGAUUGUGAAAAACUCAUGGGGUGCAAGCUGGGGAGAGGCAGGCUAUAUCAGGAUGGAGCGCAAUCUGGAUGGCGUCUCAACCGGCAAAUGCGGUAUUGCAAUGGAGGCCUCCUACCCUAUCAAGAAAAGCCAAAAUCCCCCAAACCCUGGCCCAUCUCCACCGUCUCCCAUAAAGCCCCCAACUGUCUGUAGCAGCUAUUUCUCCUGUCCAGACAGCAACACCUGCUGCUGUACAUAUGAGUAUGCAGGCUAUUGCCUUUCAUGGGGAUGCUGCCCACUUGACGGUGCCACUUGCUGUGAUGACCAUUACAGUUGCUGCCCGCAUGAUUAUCCUAUCUGUAACACCAAUGACGGGACCUGCAUGAUGAGCAAGGACAACCCAUUGGCAGUGAAGGCACUGAGGCGCACUCCUGCUAAACCUCACUGGGCCUUUGGAAGUGGCAGCAAGAGGAGCAGUGCUUAAGCGGAUGUUCAAGCUGGAAAUGUGACAAGUUGAGGAUGAAAUAAUUAUGGCAGGGUGUUGUUGAUGUUCUCCUUAACUUUAUCCUACUUACUGUAUACCAAUCGUUGGACUGUAUUUUUAAGAUUAUUCAGAAACUGAAUUAUGUAAA